AUGUUUGUGGGAUACCAAUUGACGUGUCAAUUUAGGAGCUCUAACGCAUCGCCUCUCCGCAAACUAUGCACCAAUUUAACAUCCAAAUAUGCAGCACCACGAUCCAAUUCACGUCACGCGAGCAAACUCGCUUUUCACACUCGGCGAUACAUUUACAUACAGAAGCAACAUUUGCCGCUGAAAUUAGCAAACUAUCGAAUGCAAGCGUGUAGGGAUUGUCGUCGUUUACUGGUCACACAAGUGGAGAAUUCAGCCAUAUUGCCUCAAAACAUGGAAUGGCGGACAGUAUCAUUUUAUCGUUUCAAACCAAUUCCAGAGAAAGAUCUACCACAAUUACGCGAGCAGAUGCUUUCUGAUUUCGGACGCAUGAACAUUGUUGGUCGCAUCUACAUAGCAACCGAAGGCAUAAAUGCACAGAUGAGCUGCCCAAAAGAGAACAUUGGCUGGUUGAGAGAGUAUUGUGAUAACAUACUAGACUUGCAAAACAUAGAUCUCAAUUUUGCGACAGAACAUUCAAAGGCAUUCGAUGCCUUACACGUAAGAAUAAGGAAGCAGAUUGUCGCCGAUGGUCUCGAAUCAGGAUCAUAUGACAUCACAAAGCAACCAAACCAUCUAGAUCCAGAAGAAUGGCAUCAAGCGCUAUCAUCUAAACCACAACUUGUCAUUGACAUGCGCAACCAUUACGAAAGUGAAAUUGGAUAUUUUGAGGGUGCAAUACGUCCAGAUGUUGACACUUUCCGUGAGAGCGUAAAGGUGAUGGAAGAAAUAUGCAAGGGAAAACAAGACCAAGAAGUAUACAUGUAUUGCACUGGUGGUAUACGCUGCUCGAAAGCAGGGGCAGUGCUGCGUUCCGCUGGUUUCAAAUCCGUCAACGUUCUGAAAGGGGGUAUAACCGCAUACGGCCAUUACGUAAAAGAAAACCCCACAAUCAACUCGCUCUACAAAGGUCGCAAUUUCACAUUUGACCGUCGCCUCGGGGAACGAAUCACCAACGACGUCCUCUCGCAAUGCCACACGUGCGGCAAGUCAUGUAAUACACACACCAACUGCCGCAAUUCCGUCUGUAACCUCUUGUUUAUACAAUGCGAUGAUUGCCGAAUACGAUUGAAAGAAACAUGCGGACAUCAGGCAUGCUUGAAAAUAGUGGAAAACAUGGCGAAAAGGUCAGAGGACAAUACAAAACCAGGGGUUGAGCCAUGGUAUGAACAUGGUGUUAGGACUAGACCAAAGGCGGUAUUGGAGAG